AUGACCAUGGACAUUCAGCCCUCCAUCUUCGCCAACAUGCUGGGCGUGUCACUCAUCUUGCUUGAUGUUCUCUAUCACUACGUGGUCCUCAACAAUUUUAAGAAGCAAGAAUGA